GUUCGGACUUCUUGCGGGAAAACCAACUUGUUGACGUCUUUGAACGGGUUUCUCUGCACCUGCGGCGCCGUUUGCGGGGUUUUCACAUUAAAAACAAGGGUUGAACUAACGCAGGUGUCCCUGACCUCCUGACAUCCUCUUCAUCAGUAUCCAUGGAGUCACAGCAGGAACCCGAACACCUGCCGUCGGGCCCGACUGAAGUGGUCAACUCCAUCCGGGAGCGCACAAUCGCAGAGAACAGCAUGGUGGUCCUGCUGCAGGGCCUGCAGGGCCAGGUGACCACGGUGGACCUGAAGAACGAGAGCACGGCGCGGGGCCGCGUGGUCAACGUCGACGCCUUCAUGAACAUACGUCUGGACAACGUGCUGUACCGGGACAGACGGGGUCAGCUCACCCAGCUGCAGGACCUGUUUAUCACGGGCAGGAACGUCCGCUACGUUCACAUCCCGGACAACGUGGACAUAAUGAAGACCAUACAGAGCCAGCUGGCCAGGAUCCACAGAGUCCGCAACUUUGCCAGUCACGGAGGAGGCAGAAAAGAGUUUGCCACGAAAACAAAAUAACUUUUUUCACUGAAGGAUCAGUUGGGUUCUGCUUGUCCAAAAAUACUUGAAGGCAACAAGCAAUUAUUCCUUUUUUUUUCCUUCUCAGAUUUGAGGACAAGCAUCCUGCUAGAUCAGCAGUUUACAACCCCAGGGGUCACAGUUGUUGAAAGAGUUGAUAGUUUCAUCUCUUCAGGCCUCUAAAAGUCCUUCAAAUAACUCUUUAGUUGAACUGCCUACAACUCGUGUGCACAUUAAGGCCACAACCUGUGAUGAGGAGUCAGAAGUUUACAUUAAUUUAUUUUAAGAGGUUGGCAAUGUAGCCUGACUUAUUUUCAUUAUUUAAUUAAUCUUUUCUUGAUUAAUUGAUGGAGCUUUUUAUCUACAGAAUGUCACAUUAUUGUGUAAAAUUACCAAUAUACUUCCCCACAACCCAGUGAUGUCUCCUAAUGCCUUGUUAUAUCUGAACAAAACCCAGUUUACAGUGAUAUGAAGUAGAGAAAAGCAGCAAAUACUUUCAUUUAUGAAGCUGGAACCAGAGCGUGUUAAAAAAAUCAUUAGUUGCCGAUUAGUUUUUCGUCCAUUGAUUAAUCAGCUAAUUGUUGUGGCUCCACACUUUAACAUUUUCGAUGAAGUUCUCUUCUAUUUGAGACUGAGCAGGACAUUUUAACUUGGAAUAUAAUCUUAUGAGUUCUCUCUGGGGAACAAACAAUGUAAUGACACUUUCUAAAUUACUUCAAACCUGCAGGAUCUAACAUGUACACCUAUAACAAUGUAUCUGUGAUAAGCUGAUAUUGGCCCAUUCAUCAGUCGAGCUCUUGUUGGUAACCGCUGGACCAGCUACUCAAGGAAGUUAACGCAACUUCAACCAAUCCCCAGCGAAUCGCUGCAGAUUUUCCACAGAUUUGACCAAACUUACUUCCUUCUCUCUCGUUGAGACGAUGCAGACACAAGCUCCCUUUAAUUUUUCAUGAAUUGUACCAAAAAAAUGACAGUUUUAACUUUUCACCCACAAUUUCAUUGCAAAGAAAUGCCUACAAAUAUCGCAAUUACAUUACGCAUUACAUGUGUCACUAUUUUUUUCAAAAGCUGCCGUGAAAUCAUUUUUAGGCCACAACAAAAUCCUAGAGGGACUGGCUGAAGAGUUAAACAGUGUCUUUGUGUUUUGGUGAUUGUGUUUGAGGUUUGUAAUUGACACAAAAUAACCGUCCUAAAUUUCUUUUGAACAUUUUUUUUAAAUAAAUACAGUAAUUAUGAAUAAAGAUGCGAUACAAUCAA